UAUGAGUCAUAACGGCUGGUUACGAACUGUAGAAAUUCACACUCAAAGACAAGAGAGCGUCUCUCUCUCUCUCUCUCUCUCUCUAAACUCAGAACAGUGACCAGAUUUGGGAGACACUCUGAAUCUCCGAUGCUCGCUGCUAAUCCUAUAAUUCCUCUAGCUGUUUAGCGGAUCCAUUGCCUCUUCUGCAUUGGACUGAUACGCUCAACAGGGAUGUCGGGAAACACCCUCAGAGAUCUCAAUACACUGGUGGGAUCAGAGAAGAAAAAUGAAAGUUCUAGUAAGGGGGGCUUUCAAAAGGCUUAUAUUGAGAAUGGAAAUGAAAAUCUUGACAAAUGGCAGCAGAAAUUUCCUAUUUCACUGGCCUCAGCACCAAUUAAUGAAUGUGAAAUUGUGAAUACUGGAACAGAAGUAGGUGUGUCAGAAUUGGAGUACAUAGAAUCUGAAAAUCUGAACGAUCUAGAAGAUGUAGAUACUAUUCUCAAGACAUUGUUGGCAGGACUAGACUCCAAAGAUUGGGUUUUGGUAUGUGAAGCACUGAAUAAUGUUCGCCGAUUAUCAAUAUAUCACAAGGAGGCAAUGCUUGAGAUGCUGGGCAACGUGAUCUCAUUAAUUGUGAAAUCCUUGAAGAAUCCAAGAAGUGCUGUCUGUAAAACUGCAAUAAUGACAUCUGAAGACAUUUUUAAUGCUUACAGCAAUCAUAUAAUUGAUUCCCUUGAGCCUCUGCUUGUUCAACUUCUUCUCAAGUCUUCACAAGAUAAAAGAUUUGUUUGUGAUGCUGCUGAGAGAGCCUUGGUAGCAAUGACUACUUGGGUUUCCCCUUCUCUGUUGUUACCAAAGUUGCAACCAUAUCUUAAGCACAAGAAUCCUCGAAUACGAGCAAAGACAUCAAUGUGCUUUUGUCGAAGUGUGCCAAGGCUGGGGAUUGAGGGAAUUAAAUCUUAUGGGAUCGAUAAAUUGAUCCAAAUAGCUGCAUCUCAACUCAGUGACCAGCUCCCAGAGUCCAGGGAGGCUGCUCGCGGUCUUCUUUUGGAACUGCAAACUGUAUAUGAGAAAUCCAACAUCUCUGCACCAACUGCAGAAUCUGAGCAUUCAGAAAUGGGUUCUUGGGAGCACUUAUGUCAAUCAAAACUCUCUCCUUUAAGUGCACAAGCCGUCCUGCGUGUUACAAAUAUUGCCAGGGAGGGUCUUCUUGUGUUGGGCUCCUAACACUAGAUGGUGUAUGUCAGUAGAGUAUGCUGUUCUUUCUCCCCUCAUAAUUCCUUUUGUUGGUAUAUUUUUACAAAUAUUUUUUCCUGUAAAUCCUAUUUGGUUGGGGAUUGUACUGAACUGGAAACUAAUUCCUUCUUCCUGGUAUGAUUAGUUUCAAGUUAUAUGUUAUUUUCCUA